UGCUAAGGUGCAAGUGGAAGGAAGGAAGGCACCGAAAGAGUUCGAGUUGGAUCCGAAGAGAAGAGAAGAGAAGUACUACUCUUCACUUAACUGCUUCCACGACGGCGCGUGAACCAACUCUCAUCUAUCACUUGUUGGGCUGUACGCUUCGCUUCGAUUCGCGUGUAAAUGUUCACCACUCCGUCGAAGUGCGAAUUUUCAAAUUCUUGAUUUCACAGAAAUGUUCACCCCCCAGAGGAAUCAGUUCCCGGCGACCGACCGGAAGGGAAAGGCCGUAGCUUUCGCCGACGAAAUCACCACCCCUUCUCCGCCAAUGAGCCGAUUCGGAUCCCUCUCCGCGGUGGAUGAUUGGAGGAGGUUCAAAGAGGUGGGCUUGCUCGACGAGGCCUCCUUAGAAAGGAAAGACAUUGAUGCCCUUAUCGAGAAGAACCUCAAGCUCGAAAAGGAGCUGUUUGAUUACCAACAUAACAUGGGGCUACUGCUUAUUGAGAAGAAGAAGUGGACUUCGAGAAAUGAAGAGCUUCAGCAAGCGUUUGAUGAAGUUAAUGAGAUUCUUAAACGUGAAAGGACCUCUAGUUUGAUUGCUUUGAGUGAGUCUGAGAAGAGAGAAGAGAAUCUUAGGAGAGCUUUGAUCUCCGAGAAGCAGUUUGUAGCUGAGCUUGAAAGGGAUUUGAAGUACUUGCAACAAGAACAUACUGAGGUGAAGUCUACUUCUGAGGCGAAGUUAGCUGAAGCAAACGCUUUGGUUAUGGGUAUUAAGGAGAAAGCUUUAGAGGUGGAUAAGGAGAGGGCAGUUGCUGAAGAGAAGCUCUCUGUGAUUAGUAGAAAGAGUUCUGAGUUGGAGAGGAAGCUUAAAGAUGUGGAGACUCGCGAAAAGGUGCUCCAAAGGGAGCGUCUUUCUCUUGCUACGGAACGAGAAGCGCAUGAGGCAGUGUUCUACAAGCAGAGAGAAGACCUUCAGGAAUGGGAGAAGAAGCUAACGGUAGAAGAAGAUAGGCUGUCCGAAGUUAAAAGAAGCAUUAACCAUACAGAGGAAAGAAGUAUUGAAAGUGAAAGAGCUAUCAAGAAGAAAGAGAAGAGCCUCGAAGAGAUGCAGCGAAAGAUUGAUACUGCUAAGUCAGAAUUAAAAGAGAGAGAAGAAUCUGUAAACAAGAUGUUAAAUGACCUUUCUAUGAAGGAAAAAGACUUUGAGGCCAUGAAGACUAAGGUUGAUAUGAAGGAGAAGGAGCUCCAUGAGAUUGAGGAGAAGCUUGUUGUGAGGGAGCAGAUGGAGAUAGGGAAGCUCCUUGAAGAUCAGAAGGGUGUUCUAGAUUCCAGAAUGCAGGAGUUUGAAACGGAGCUCGAACAGAGGAGGAUAUCCCUUGAUGAAGAACUUGAGAAAAAGAGAGGUGAAAUCGAGAAGCUGCAAGUUGAGAUCGGCCUCAAGGAAGAGCAGUUAGGGAAGAGAGAGGCAGCUUUAGAAAAAAUGGAAGAGAGAAUGAAGGAGAAAGAGAAGGAUCUUGAAGCAAGGCUGGAAGCUGUGAAGGAAAAAGAAGAAGCUCUAAAAACCGAAGAGAAAAAGCUGCAUGUGGAAAACGAGCGAUUGCUCGAAGAUAAGGAAAGUCUGCGUAAACUCAAAGAUGAGAUUGAAGAGAUCGGAGCCGAGACAACGAAGCAGGAGUCAAGGAUUCGUGAAGAAUGCGAAAGCCUCAGGAUUACAAAAGAAGAGAGACUCGAGUUUAUAAGGCAGCAGUCUGAACUAAAGCAGCAGAUAGAUAGGGUUAAGCAAGAGGGUGAGCUGCUCUUGAAGGAACGCGAAGAACUGAAACAAGACAAGGGAAGAUUCGAGAAAGAGUGGGAAGCCUUGGAUGAGAAGAAGGCUGAUAUAGCUAGAGAGCAAAAGGAAGUUGCUGAAGAAAAGGAGAAGUUAAGAAGUUUGCAAAUAUCAAGGGUGUUGGAUGAUGUCAAAAUGAAGAAAGAAUCACUUGAAGGCAAAGUGACGAUCAAUGAAAACAUCAGUUGCGCAAAGAAGCUGGCUCUGAAAGAGAUGGAAGAACUGGAAUACGAGAAGCUUGCUCUAAAGAAGGAAAGAGACGAAAUAUCUGUGGAAAAGAAGCAGUUGAAGAAACUUCAUGAUGAGUUAUAUAAGGACGUGGCUGAUGUAGAUGCACUUAGAAACUCUUUGAAGGAGCAACGAGAUGAUCUGUAUCGUUCAAAGGAUCGCUUCGCAGUAUUGCUGAAGAAAGUUGACCUCUGCAGUACCUGUAGAAUACCAUUCCACAAGUUUAUAAACUCUGAACGAGUACCUGAUGCUGAAGAUGGCAAUGAUAGAAAGAGUACAUCUUUUAUUGGGAAACUCGCUUCGGCUAUGGCUCCAGAAUCUUCGCUACCUGAUGAUUCUGUGGAUACAGCGGCAGGCAAUGAUCAUGAACCAUCUGCUAGUUUCUCAGAAAGUAAAGGUGCUGAAGUUUCGCUGCAAUCAGAGAUAAAGAGUGAUAAACCUAGACGUGGUAGAGGUAGGGGUAAGUCUGUCAGAGGAAGAUCGCAAGCAACUAGUGAUUCAAAACCAUCUGAUGUGAAAGUUCCAAGGAAGCGACAACGAGAACAGGGUUCGAGAAUCACAGAAAGUGAACAAGCGGAUGGUGAUAGCGAUGAAGGUGUAGACAGCGUCACAACUGGUGGACGUAAGAAGAAAAGACAGACGGCUGUUCCCGUCUCGCUGGCACCUGCGCAAAGCCGAUAUCAUCUCAGGAGACAUAGAAAUGUAGGAACAGAAGAGGAUAAAGCACAAGAAUCAGCAGGUGUCGUGGAGAAACAAGAGAAUGUCAAUGGUGAUAUCAGAACAGUGCCAAGUCCCAAGGAUAAUCUUACUCCACCGCAAGGUGAGAAUAGGGAAAACGGAAAAGCUGAAACAUUAGUGGAGGCUGUAACACAGAAGGAGAUUGUUAAGGUUGAAGCAGAGGCUGAGUUCAAAGAUAAAAGUACUGGAAAGAGACCAGUCCAAGAGGAUCCACAGUUAGAAGCAGGAGGCAGCGGUGAAGGAAAAGAUCAUGGUGGUGAAGAGGAUGAUGGGACUUUCAGCAUCAUCCAAGAGGAGAACGAAGAAGAAGAUGCAGAAACAGAACACCCAGGGGAGGCUUCCAUAGGAAAGAAGAUUUGGGUAUUUUUCACAACCUAAUCUCAUUUUCUCACUCUCAAAGACAAAACGAUCCCACAAGUUAGGAAUUUUUCAGAGAGGAAAAAACAUCUUGUUAUGUGUUGUUGAUUUUUAAACUUUACUUUCUUUUUCAAGCAAGUGAAACAAAAGGGAAGUGUGUACUCUUUGAAACUAAGGGCUUUGUUGGAAAUGCAAGCAUUUGAUUCUAAUA